AGUCUGGGCAAGAGAGGUAGCUUUGGGUGUAUCGAUGAUGGAGUGAUGGGAGGAGCUGGAUAUGGGUCAUGGCGGCGUAGACCUUCUUGGGGGCCUUGUGGUCGGGUCGUCGAGAGAGGCCAACAGCAACGCGGUUGCUUUUGCCGGGGGUAUGGCAAAUGGUGAAUGUGAACUGGGCAAGGAAGUCGAGUCAUCGAGAUUGGCGUGGGGUGAUGUCUUUCUUGGUGAGGAUGGAAGAAACAAUGGUGUUGUCAGUGCGGAUGGUGAAGUAUUGCCCGUCGAGGUACGGGCGCCAGACUGUGAGGGCGUGAAUCACGGCGAGGAGUUCCUUCUCGUUGAAGGGGUAAUUCAUUUCCGCGGGAAGGAGUUUCUUGCUUGCGAAGGCGAUGGGGUAUUCGCCGGGUGGAGCCUCGGGCAGAGUGGGCGAAUCCUUGAUGGAGAGGGUCUCGAUGGUGUCGCGGGGGAAAUGUUGGGACAGUACGGCUCCAAUGGCGAAGUCAGAGGCAUCAAUGGUGACAUAGAAAUGGCGACGGAGACAAUUGUGGCCAAGGUAUUCGAUGCUCGAAGCGGCAAACGUACAUCUGCUGAGCUUGGCGUGAAAUUUUUGCUCUUGGAGGAUCGAGAGGACUUGGCGAAUGUGUUGAAGGUGGGACUCGAAGGUGUGGCUAAAGAUGAGGAUGUCAUCAAGGUACACAAGGACAUAGACUUCGAGGAGGGCCCGAAAGAUGUGGUUCAUGGUGGACAGGAAUGUGGCGGGGGCAUUGGUGAGUCCGAAAGGCAUUACGAGGAACUCGUAGUGACAGAAAUGAGAGCGGAUUGCGGUCUUGUGGGUGUCCUCCUCGCGGAUACGGAUCUGGUGGAAGCCACUGCGGAGGUCGAUCUUGGUGAAAUAUUUGGCUCCGCGAAGGCGAUCAAGAAGUUCAGAUAUUUGGGGGAGUGGGUACUCGUUCUUGAUCGUGAUCCGGUUCAAGGCACGAUAGUCUAUGCACAUGCGGAGUUUCGAGGUGUCGUUCUUCUUGACGAAGAGACAAUUGGUUCCGAAGGGGAAGGAGCUAGGCUUAAUGAAUCCUUUUUCAAGGAGUUCAUUGAGCUGGCGCUUCAUUUCUUCGGCCUCGGGGACAGAGAGUUGGUACGGAGGGCGAUAAGGAGGAGAAUGGCCGGGCUCGAGAUCAAUGGUGUGGGAUACACCUCGAUCGGGAGGUAAACCGGCGGGCAAGAACUCAGGGAAGGCGUCCUUGAAUUCAGAGAGGAGAGCGGUGAUGUGAGGAUCGAAAGGGGGUUCUUGGUCUGGUUUGUCCGUUGGAAGCAAGUCCUCGGGACACUCGUGGUCGAUAACAAGACAAUAGUAAGCGGAGUCGGGGUGUUCACAAGAUAUGUGAAGGAACUAGUGAGGGGAGACAGGGGGUGGGGUAAAAGGGGGGAGAAGGUAAGGGAUAUCAAGAGGAGAGUAAGGAGGGCGGGUGAGUCAGACGAAGGAGGGGUGGAAGGAGUAGGGCAUGGAACUGUCAAGCCAUGGAGUCCCCAAGACGAUGUCGCACAUGAGGUGCAUGACAUCG